UGAAAUGAUAACAAUUAUUAUCAUGUUGUUGUUGUGUUGUGUUCUAGCUUUUUGUUGUUCUUGUUUUUUAUUAUUCGUAAUGUGUUAUCUAUUUUGUUUGUCUUCCUGUAAUUACUAUUAUUCAUUAUAAUAUUUGAUGACCUACGAGCCACACCUAACUAUGAAUUUUCUCUGAAAUGACCUCGAAAAACGCACAGAACAAACAAAACAAAGAAUGGCCUUGAGAAUGUCAGCCCUAAAAGCAGCAACCACCAGCUUCAACUAUGAACCUGCUGAGAGAAAGCUGCAUUCUACAGUAAUAGUAGGAGACUGUCUUUACAUGUGGGGUGGGGAGAAAGAUGACUUAGGAUCUGGUCUUGAAGAUCACAAUAUUGAGACAGAAAGAAAAAAUUCAUCAGUUGUAGAGGUACUUCACCUUCCAACUGGUAGGUGGGAACAGAAACCUACCACUGGUGAUCCUCCACUGGGUAUCGUAAACUAUGUCGCUGUUGCUAUUGGGAAUGAGAUAUUCUAUUAUGGAGGAUAUUGUAGUCAUGGUCGCUAUGAUGAUAAUGUUCUGUACAGUUUAAAUGUUGAUACUCUCAAAUGGAGGAAAGUUGUACCUAAUAAUCCUGAGAAUGGCCCUAAGGAGAAGUAUGGAUGUGGUAUGAUUGCUGUCAAGAUUGAGGGAGAAGAUUACCUUGUAAUAAUUGAGCCAGGAUCUAAUUGUAUUUAUUAUUUUAGAGUUGCUACAGGUCAGUGGAUCUUGCCUAAAAUUACUGGAGAUGAUAUUACUGGAAUUGAUGAAUUAAUAUCAAUAGAUGAUACCAGUGCUAUUUUACUUAAAGAACAUUUUGUUUGUCGUCUUACCUUUGCUAAAGGAUCAGUGGUCUGUGUAAAUAUACAUGUAUCAUUACCUCAAGAUUUAUAUAUGCCGAUGCUAUCUCCUAAAGUAGUGCUGGCUAGUCCUUUAGCAAUAAACCUUUUGGCUAUUGGUGACAAAAUAUGUAUGACACUUGAUGUUAUCUAUAAUAAACUCAAUUGGAAGAAGGUUGGUGUUCCUAACGUAGUAAAAAAUAGGAUUUGUCAUUCUCUAUCAGUUUGGAACGAAGGUACAACCAAUACUUGGCUAAUAAUGUUUGGAGGAGAUAGGGCAAGUGAUACUAUCAGUGAAACUAUAUUCCUCAAUAUCAGAUACAAUAAAAGAGGUGAUAUUUCUGUGAAGACAUACUCAUUGAGGCAGUAUCAAGAAGAAAUGAGAAAGAGAAGGAGACCAUUUGAACAAGAGAUCAGUCAGAAAGGGGAAAGAGACAGCACAAUCGAAGAAAGACACCAGCAAGAGAUUCAACAAUUACACCUUCAAAUGGAAGAGAGAGAUCAACAGGCCAGGGAAAGAGAGAGAGAAAUGGAGAGACAACUUCAAGAAAUGGAGAGAGAACUCCAGCAAAAGAUUCAAGAGUUAUGUAUACAAAAUGAUGAUAUGGAAAGACAAUUUCGAGAGAGAGAGCAGCAACUUCAACAGCAACUUAAACAAAGUCAACAGGAACUUGAAGAGAAAGACCGUCAACUUGAAGAGCAGCAAUCAGCAUGGGUAGUGAAUGGAGAUGAAAUAAGAAUGACAGAGACAGUCCUUGGUAAUGGAGGCUAUGGUGAAGUUAGAGUAGCACAAUUCCGUGGACUAAGAGUAUCCGACUACGGGUCGGCAAACCUUCAGAAUCUCAUCGCUACAACAGAAAAUCCCGGAAACCGAGUCUAUUCAGCACCUGAAGCAGGGAAUCCAAGGAAGCACUCUCCUGCAAUGGAUGUCUUCAGUUAUGGUGUCCUCCUUAUAGAGAUGAGUAUUUGUGCUAUUCCACAACCUGGUAACAGAAGGCAGGAUGUUAAUUCUAUUAGACGGGCUGGGUUGAAGGGUCUUGUUCAACGCUGUGUUAUGGAUAAUUGUGAAUUGCGUCCUAAAAUGUCUGACAUUAUAAAUGAACUAACUCAAAGCAUUUGA